AGCACCAGGUUUGCAAAUGCUCCAACAAAGAGUACUACCAUAUGACUGGAAGCACCAGAUUUUCAGCACGCUUGGAAAAAAGAAUAGCCGACUCCAUCAAGCAGAUGAAACUGAGAUCCCAACCGCCAAGACAGGUUAUCCUCAGCAAUAUGAUAACCAUAUAAGAUACAUAUUGCAGCAUAUUGAGCCUCUCUUUUCUUUCUACGGUGCUGGUGCUGCUGAAGAUAGGUUCCGUCUCUGUCAAGGUCGGCAGCGUGCAGCCGAUAACAUGGUCGACAUGCUUCUUGACGGAACAAGCAAUUACAAUGAGGAUCUGCGAGCGAGGAAGAGGGGCAGUCGCAAGAAGAAAAAGAAAAAGGAAACGACUACUCGAAAAUGGAGAAGAACGUAAGAAAAAUUGCAGAGACUGAUGAAGUUGAAGGACAGAAAGAACCAAACAAAAAGAUCAAAGGCAUGGGAAAGGGAGACAAGUGGAAGCAGAAACCCUUCGAAGUAGGCGAC